AUGCCCAGCGCCUGCUCUGGAACUCAGCAGGAGACGUAUGUGUAUCGGGGGCCAGGAAUGGACCUGCAGGAUCCCGCCCGGGGAAGGCGGCAGAAGGGGAGUCCAAGCUGGCACUCAAGACCAUUCACAGUAGGAGUUCAGACAGCUGACUGCUCACCCUGUGUUCAGAUCCAUCCUUUUUUGCUGAGAAAGAAGCUGAGGAGUCCGUGUGCUCCGGAGGAAGGCUACCACCUGCCAUCUCCCUGGCGACCCCCACCCCCCUCCUCUGCUGGGGGGCUGUCCUGGAGGGUGGGGAGACCCCCUCCUACAACCUGGAUUCAGGGCCAGAGCUGCAGAGAACCAGCAUCCUUGAGUUCAAAGGUCGCCAUGGAGCCCUUCUGUCCAUUCCUGCUGGCCGGUGUUAGCCUGCCCCUCGCCAAGGCUCUCAAGGGCAACGAGACCACCACCACCACUGCUGCGCAGAGCAACUGGACCUCCACGACCGCAGGCCCUCCAGCCCCCGGUGCACCGCAGCCCCUGCUGGCCUGGCUGCUGCUGCCCCUGCUAGUCUUCCUGCUCUUUCUGCUGCUCGCCGCCUACUUCUUCAGGUUCCGGAAGCAGAGGAAGGCGGUGGUCAGUGCCAACGACAAGAAGAUGCCCAACGGGAUCCUCGAAGAGCAAGAGCAGCAGAGGGUGAUGCUUCUCAGCAGGUCCCCGUCGGGGCCGAAGAAGUUCUUCCCCAUCCCCGUGGCGCACCUGGAGGACGAGAUCCGUGCCCGCUCGGCGGACGACUGCAAGCGGUUUCGGGAGGAGUUCAACUCUCUGCCGUCUGGACACGUGCAAGGAACUUUUGAACUGGCCAAUAAAGAAGAAAACAGAGAAAAAAACCGAUACCCCAACAUCCUUCCCAAUGACCAUUCCAGGGUGAUUUUAAGCCAAGUGGAUGGAACCCCAUGUUCAGACUACAUCAAUGCUUCCUACAUAGAUGGUUAUAAAGAGAAGAAUAAAUUCAUAGCAGCUCAAGGCCCCAAACAGGAGACAGUGAAUGACUUCUGGAGAAUGAUCUGGGAGCAGAAAUGUGCAACCAUCGUCAUGCUGACGAAUCUAAAAGAAAGAAAAGAGGAGAAGUGCCAUCAGUACUGGCCGGACCAGGGGUGCUGGACCUACGGGAACGUCCGGGUGUGUGUGGAGGACUGCGUGGUGCUGGUGGACUAUACCGUCCGGAAGUUCUGCGUUCAGUCUCAGCUCCCCGACGGCUGCAAAGCGCCUCGGCUGGUCUGCCAGCUACACUUCACCAGCUGGCCCGACUUCGGGGUGCCUUUCACCCCCAUCGGCAUGCUCAAGUUCCUGAAGAAAGUGAGGACGCUCAACCCCGCGCACGCUGGGCCCAUCGUGGUCCACUGCAGCGCGGGCGUGGGCCGGACGGGCACCUUCAUAGUGAUCGACGCCAUGAUGGACAUGAUGCACGCAGAGCAGAAAGUGGACGUCUUUGACUUCGUGUCCAGAAUCCGCAAUCAGCGGCCUCAGAUGGUUCAGACGGACAUGCAGUACACGUUCAUCUACCAAGCCUUACUGGAGUACUACCUCUAUGGGGACACCGAGCUAGACGUGUCCUCUCUGGAGAAGCACCUGCAGGCACUGCACGGCCCCACCGCCCACUUCGACAAGAUCGGGCUGGAGGAGGAGUUCAGGAAACUGACAAAUGUCCGCAUCAUGAAGGAGAACAUGAGGACAGGCAACCUGCCCGCGAACAUGAAGAAGGCCAGGGUCAUCCAGAUCAUUCCAUACGACUUCAACCGCGUGAUUCUGUCCAUGAAGAGGGGCCAGGAGUACACGGACUACAUCAACGCGUCCUUUAUAGACGGCUACCGGCAGAAGGACUACUUCAUCGCCACCCAGGGGCCCCUGGCGCACACGGUGGAGGACUUCUGGAGGAUGGUCUGGGAGUGGAAGUGCCACACGAUCGUGAUGCUGACCGAAGUCCAGGAGAGAGAGCAGGAUAAAUGCUACCAGUAUUGGCCAACAGAGGGCUCAGUGACUCACGGAGAAAUAACGAUCGAAAUUAAGAGUGAUACCCUUUCUGAAGCCAUCAGUAUACGAGACUUCCUGGUCACCUUCAAUCAGCCCCUGGCCCGGCCGGAGGAGCAGACGCGGAUGGUGAGACAAUUCCACUUCCACGGCUGGCCAGAGAUCGGGAUCCCGGCCGAGGGCAAAGGCAUGAUUGACCUCAUCGCGGCCGUGCAGAAGCAGCAGCAGCAGACCGGCAACCACCCCAUCACCGUGCACUGCAGUGCUGGAGCGGGGCGGACGGGGACUUUCAUAGCACUCAGCAACAUUCUGGAACGGGUCAAGGCUGAGGGGCUUUUAGACGUAUUCCAAGCUGUGAAGAGUUUACGACUUCAGAGGCCACACAUGGUGCAAACCCUGGAACAGUAUGAAUUCUGCUACAAAGUGGUACAAGAUUUUAUUGAUAUAUUUUCUGAUUAUGCUAAUUUCAAAUGA